AUGUGGAGUCAUGUUCAUGAGGGAACGGCGGAGAUUAACUACCCAGCUGUGUUCUACACAUCAUGUUGGAAACUGUAUCCGGAUAUCUUUGUCGUACGGAAGCAUUUUGUGGGCCUCACGAUGUCGAUGCUCUCGGGCUACAAGGUCAAUCCAUCGUUCUGGUGCGAUUUGGGUCUGGUGGUACCUGUAUGUGAGGAGGCUAGUGAAUGUUAUAAAGACAACUGGGCACAGCCGGAGAUGACUUGGCGGACGCAACCGAUUACCGAUCAAAUUCCUGAAGUGUGUGCGGGGGCUACGGUGAUUAACCACCCAGGGCAGGAAGAAGCUAAUCGUCGAGUACAGUUGACGUGGCAAUUUCAUCCUGCACCGGCAGUGACUGUGCAACAGAUGAGGGAUGAUGGGUAUAACUGGGACUAA